UGUGUCACAUUACCGUUGUUUAACAAGAUUAUUAUGAGUAAGAAUAAUUUUAAAGCGCUAAGAGUAAAGAGGGAACGUUCGCCAGAAUGGGGUAAACCUACUGACAAAGCAGAGCGUAAACCAAGGCUAGAGGAAAAGGAAAAACCAAAUUUUGAAUUGUCCGGGAAAUUAACAGAAGAGGCGAACACUGUGAAUGGCGUGGUUAUUAAAUAUGCUGAACCUGCAGAUGCGAGGAAACCAAAACGUAGAUGGAGGUUAUAUCCGUUCAAAGAAGAAAAAGCAUUGCCUACUUUGUACGUCCACAGACAGUCGGCUUAUUUAAUGGGCAGAGAUCGCAAGAUUGUUGAUAUUCCCUUAGACCACCCUUCGUGCUCUAAGCAACACGCGGUUUUACAAUAUCGUUUGGUAUCUUUCCAAAAAGAAGGAGGUUGCGAAGGAAGAAGAGUUCGUCCUUACCUUAUAGACUUAGAAUCUGCAAAUGGUACAUUUGUAAAUAAUGUGAAAUUAGAACCUAGAAGAUAUCAUGAAUUAUUAGAAAGAGAUGUGAUACGGUUUGGAUACAGUACUAGAGAAUACGUCUUGUUACAUGAACAUAGCAAAGAUGAUUCUUUAGAUGAUUAUGCACACUAAGUGUAAUUUCUGCUAUGCUAUUGUACAAGUAUAUCUUCAAGAAAAUUGUAUGAAUAUACAUGAUAUUAUAAUCUGUUCUGCAGAAUAUUCAAGAACAGAAAUUUAUGAAAUAUACUGAUGGAACAAAGUAUUAGGCUAAUGUGUAAUCUUUGUAAUACAUAUCAUCUAACAGAUUGUAAUGAAUCAUUUUUUAAAUA